AGGCAACAGCCCCGUAUUCAUUCCUAUCACACCACACACCACCAUGGCUUCUUGAUCAAUUUCAAAUCCUUAAGACAAUAUCCCAAACAAAACAAUGAAAGAUCUCUCUCUCUUCUUCCUCAAGAAAUACUCUAUUGCCUCGAGAAUGCGAGGAAGAGGUGCACGUAGCGGCUUCGGGAGCUCUUGUGGCGGCGAUGGCUCGACCUCUACACUAAACCAACAUCAAAAGAACGAUGUGGGCCUUUCGGUUACUCCUGAAAACACUCCUUUCAGUGGAGGGUCGCCGAGAACGCUGGAGGAGAUGAUACUUCAGCUAGAGGUUGAAGAAGAUCUUGUUCGAAGAGCUAGACUCCGUGAAUCUUACUACGGUACUUAUGAUAACUACGAUGAUGAUGAUGAUGAUGAUAAGUUAUCUCAUCAGCCCGUUCGGAUGUCAUGCGUUAACAGUUCCGAUAUUUUGAGGUCUGCGAGGAACGCGUUGAAUCAGUACCCACGUUUCUCGUUGGACGGUAAGGAUGCGAUGUACCGGUCAUCGUUCCGGCGCCAGCUUGGCACCAGUGUUGACAUGACAUUACAGGAAGGACGGAGAUCCCACUGCGGGGACCAACGGACAUCGAAGAGAUCAAGCCAAGCGAGCUUGGAGACAAAACGCCUGCCUCGGACGGUGGCUGGAGAAAGUGUGGUAUGGUGCAAGACAGGGGUGGUUGCAAAGCUGAUGGGCUUGGAGAUGAUACCUGUUCCGGUCAAGGGGAAGAAGGGAAAAGAUAAGUUAGGGACUCUGCUCAAAAGGGAGCGUCUAAGGAGGAGAGAGCGGACGUUGGACAUUAAUGGUCGGAUCGGUCCAACGACUGAAGCUUCUUGCUCGUCCGAAGGAUUUAACAUGACGAGCCCAUUUAGAGCGGUUGGAUCACCGAGUCGCGUGGGUGGAUGGCCCACAGUCCCUUUCCCAUAGAGUCGCGUUUCAAAACUAGCCUAUUGAAAACCUUCAUGUUAUUUAUAUCUAGAAAUUUUCAUCACUGAUGGAUUUAGUA